AUGGGCAACACUUUCGAGCGUCCCACUGCCCCCGAACCUGAUGUUCCGUUGAAUCCGUUCUUGGUCGAGCGACUACACGAACAACUACGCCAACAACUAGACCACGAGACUCAAACGAUAGCCAACACAUUUCGAGAACGAAACCGUCAGCGGAGGCACCCGGAGCAUCGCGACAGGCCGCCUUGUAGAUUCUUCGCGCAGGCUUCGUGCUUCCGCGGCGCAGCCUGUCCCUUUUCUCACGAUAUCCCUGUGACCCGGACUCGACGACUAGACCGUCGUCAAAGAGAACCUUGUCGGUUCUACGCCCAGGGUAUAUGCUCUUACGGCGAAGCCUGUCGCUUUUCUCAUGAAGGACCCCGACCUCUUCAAGAGACAUGUCGCUUCUUUGCCAAAGGUUUCUGUAAGAGAGGAGCUACUUGCAGAUAUGCUCACGAUACGCCCAACGCCGAGUGGUUGGAGGAAUCCGAGGUAGGUUAUUGUACCAAACCGAUACGAGAAAGCAGAAAACUAAUCAUGCUUACAAGCAUGGUCUCGUUUCUGAACAGUGGACUCGCGAGAUCGGAGGCGCCUGGGGUCGAAUUUGGAGCUGGAGCGGCUGUUACCAAUGUCACUCUUCUCUCGGACUUUUCCGCUAUUCAAAUGCGCCAUCUGCCCUCCAAGUCGUCAGCACGGUCGGUGCAAGAGCUGUUGGCGGAUGUAGGCAUCAGCGUAUCCAUAAGCGACAUCAACUUCAUCAAACUUGUGAAGCAUCGGAACGGAAUGGCAAUCGUCAAGGUCAAAGAUCCGGAAUUCGCAAAGUCGGCCUGCUGGAAACCUGGCACCUGUAUUCGAGCGCCUGACUUGGAAGUCACCCGAAUUCCUGUCCCAUUACCAGACGGAUUAUCAUUUGGCCUCGUCGACAGCAGAAACGUCCGCUGUUCAUGGCAUAGGCCGACCAAAAACGCCACUCUUUCGUUCAGGAACCCAGCAGAAGCAUUUGAUGCGUAUUACAAGUUCAAGAACCAGCAACUCAAAAUCGCUGGCCUGCCAGUCACAACCCAAAUGCCCGCCGCAGUGGAUGCCACGCAAAACGAUGGGCCAUGGCAGAUGGAGCUGGAAGGUUUGGUGGCUACCAUUCCCUCAGAGGAUAUCAUGAAGAUUUUCCCCUUGUCUGCAGGACCGUAUGAGAUUGAGAUGGGUGACUCAAGUUACGAUACGGACGCGGAAAUUGAUUCGACUAUGAUAAAAUCCUUACUAUAUGAUAUAGGCGCCUUGGAACAAUGGGAAGUUUUUGGGAGCCCCACGGCAAGACGAGUCAAGGCACAGGCACGAUUUAUCGAGGAAUCCGAAGCGCUUGAUGCUGUCUCACAGUUGAACGAGACGUGGUUGCCAUUCAACUCAUCGGGAAAACUCUACGUUCAGCACGUUCACCUGGUGAAGUUCAGAGUUUCGAGUCGCGUCUACAGCGUUGUUGAAAAUAGCAUUGAGACGCUGCGAAAAGAAUGGGAACGGCAAUUUGUUUCUUUUUCAUCGGUUCUUGAGCGCGGCCACAGAGUCCUGAAGCUCGAGAGCCAAGAUCGCAAACUUUUCAUCCAAGCAAAAGAGGCCCUGGAACAGAUCAUCAAUGGAACGACAAUGACGUUGAACGGCAAGAAUCUAUGGUCUCCCGAUUUCAAGGCCGAUAGGGGAGCUUACAGGAAGCUUCAAGAGAUUGAACGAGACCUUGGAGUCGUUAUCAUCCGCGACAUCAAAUCCUCGAAAUUUCGAGUUUUCGGGCCGGACGACAAGUUCGUACCAGCAUGCGAAGCACUUGACCAGCUUUUGCAAGAAUUACAACCUCGAUCAAAAGGACACAAUAGUGAGCCAUCAAAGACGGAAAGGACCGCCGAGGGCGACUGUUCAGUCUGUUUCUGCAAAGCCGACCAAGCACUCGCAACUUCUUGUGGCCAUGUCUACUGCACGAUCUGCUUUGUGAAUAUGUGUCUGGUAGAAGCAUCGACGAUCGGCGAUUUCUCCAUAAAAUGCAUUGGAGACGGAGGAGACUGUAAGAAGGCCAUUCCGCUAUAUGAGAUCCAAAAUCUGCUUCUUUCAGAGAUUUUCGAAAGUGUCUUGGAGGCUUCUUUCAUGUCUUUUAUGCGCCGACACCAAGACCAGCUGCGCUAUUGUCCGACACCCGAAUGCACCCAGGUGUACCGCAUCGCCCAACCAGAAACGAGCGUCCCGCCAAUCUUUACCUGUGCUAAAUGCAUGACGGCAACCUGUACGAGCUGCCAUGUCUCGCACCCGAGAAAGACAUGCGCACAAUACAAGGGCAACGAGUCUGGUGGCAUGGCAGAGCUUCUCAAAGCAAAGGAAGAGCUAGGGUUCAAAGACUGUCCGAAGUGCAAAACACACCUACAGAAGGAUGAAGGUUGUAAUCAUAUUAAUUGCACGGCCUGUGGGACGCACAUUUGCUGGCUCUGCUUGAAGACCUUUACAGACGGGGAUGACUGUUAUUCUCAUAUGGGGAGGAUACAUGGGGGAAUUGGCGACGAAGGUGAACAGGAAGAUGACGACGACGACAUCGAGUUUUAG